AGGUAUCAAGAUAAGUAAGUACCAACUGCUGGUGCCUGUUGCGUACCCUUUGGUUAUUAUCCAUCGACUUUCAAUUUGAAACGCCUUCUUUCAUGGAAGUAACAAUCAACAAGCGUUGCUUAGACUCACUUAGAAAUAGUCCUUUAUAUACGUCGUUGUUGUAAAUAGUUACAGUUACAACUUAUGCUUGAAUGAAUGAUACGCUUACCAAGUUUGAUGUAUCUCAGGCUCUUUUUCCUCGCGCGUGUUUGAUCUGUUGUAAAUUCUUGAAUAAGAAGGUUUGAAGACCUUUCCCAAUGAAACUGUUGUAAAUUCCUCUAUCGUCGUCAAAAUCAACAUCAAAAUCAACAUCAACUACAUUCUCAUUUCACGCACUAUCACCUCCAACUACCCCAACUACCUGAAAAAGAACAUCGUUCUCAAGACGCAUCUAAUGCUAGAAAAAUAAUGGCUCGUCAGUCCUCUGUGCAGGUGGUCUCAAACUCUUCCGCUCGUCGUAGUUUUCUUCAGGAUCGUGAGCAGGAGCUUUCCGCAGGAGUAGACCUAAAAAAACUAAAAGGGUCGUCACCAGUCUAUCGCGCGUGGACUGUCUCCGCAGCUGUAACUGAACUAGGUUUCCGCGUUCGCGAAGACGGUCUGAUCACGAAAGUUUACCCUGACUCUUGGGCAGCGGACGUAGCUAAACUGGAGGUCGACGACCAAGUGACACACAUCGGUGAUAGUCGUUACAACUGCUUCGCAGAAGGAUUGUAUAGGAAUCUCCUGUUGUCGGAGGAGGUAGAGGAGGAGGCUAAGAACGGCGUUGUUGGGUCGGAUCAGAAGAGGACUGAGGAGGACGAAGCCUCGUCUAGCUCUAGCACAUCUGGCAAUCGGAUUGAGGAUUACGACGACGCGGUCGAAAGAUUGCGCUGCAGUGAUCGACCAUUGUCUUUAUCCUUCCGCAGGGUGCUGAGACGAGGGGAAGAGUUCGACGUCCAGAUUCUGAGAGCCGAUCUCGUUGGUGCAGAAAAGAGUAACAAGAAGUUGGGUGUGAAAUUGUGCUUGGACACAAUCAUCGAGGUCGAGGCGAACUCUAUCAGUGCUACAGUACUAGGAUUGUUGCCUGGCGACCGCAUCACGCACAUCAACGGUGACCCGGUGGACAUAAUUGGUGAAAAGGAAGAGGAGGAAUUCAAAGGUGCUCUUUGCGGUGGAAAAGGCUUGGCCAGUACGUUGAAGAAAGCGACAAAACAACUGAGAAACUCCUUAUCUUCGUCCCCUACUGCUGCAGCUUCUGCAACUAGUACAACAGGAGCAGCUUCGACGACCUCUGAAGACGCAACGACAUCAUCUUCAUUACUAGCCAAGCGAGGCAAAGUGAUUGCGAUUGGUAUUCACCGCGCGCCUACCCACGACGCAGCACUAGCGCUGGUUUCUUUGCGGUUAUUCGAGAAGAAAGCGGAGCAUCUUCACAGAGAUUUGGCAGAAGAAAGAAGGCAGAUUUUGCUUGAGCACGGCAUCACUCAGAAGUCCGGGUUCUCAAUCACGGAAGAAGAGCAUCAAGAGCAACUGGCAUUGGAGGCAGAAAUUAUUCAUCACUUGGAAGAAAGCGCUCAACAUCAGCACGACCUAGAAAAUAACAGUUCUGCUGCCGCUGUCCUCCAGGUAGAGGGUCGUGGGUCAACCUCAACCGGAGGUGUCAUAACUUUCGCUUCUAGCGCAACGCUUGGUGAGAUGAACGCCUCUGUAGCUGCUGCUCCAGCCGCGGCCCCUACUGCGGUUGCGUCGCCUACACCUAGUACUUCUGCGCAACCUGUUGGUGGGAGAAAGAGCCUUGGACCUGCUCCAUCAUCCCCCUCAAACAAAGGUAGUCCUCGCAUGACCUUCAAAGAAGAGUCCUGGCCAACGGAUGACACCAUCCCCAGGUCGGCGCAAGGUGAGCCCAGUAUUCACUUCACGAAAAACGCUGGCCGUACCUUUCAGCUACAGACAGACCUCGCUUUUGUCCGUGAAGCUCCAGCUGAGGACGAGCAAAAAGCCAUGGCAGGUUUAAAGCACGAGGACGAAGCCUGGCCAGAAGACGACCAAAUCCAACGUCAAGUCUCUCCUUCUAGUAUGCAACUAAACGUAUUAAACAACUCAACAACUUCAUCUAGUACUACUUUGAACAAGCAACAGCAGUGUUUUGCUAGCUUCCGACCAACCAGCAGUGAGAAGAUGCACCAUUUGCCGACAGUUGUGGAAGCUGGAAGUGGGUCGGAGUCUGAGGAAACGACUCCUGUUGGUGCUGGUGCAACUACUGGAGUUCAACAAGGUCCAAAAGUGCUCUUCUAUACCGAAGAGCAGCAAGGAGCAGCCAUGGCCAGGGCUAACUUCAACGACGUGUUGGACAUGGCUAGACAGGGUUCCUGGACCGAGCAAGAGGAACCGCAACCGCAACCUAAAGUGUUGGCCUCAGACCCUUUUCUGCGUGAUGAUGGCUUGGUCCGUUUGGCCAAACGGCAGAUUGGGAAUCCUAAGAAACUACACUCGGAGAAACAGAAAGAGGAUGCAGUCGAUUGGGCAAGCUUGGACGAGGAAACGAGAAAGGAGUUGAUAUUUGCACAGUUUUUGGCGUCUGAACAGAGAAUGAUGGACCGGGCGUUGCAAAGAGGACACACGAGAAGUUGGAUCGACGAACAUCAACUACAGGUAGUGCUUUUAGAAUUUCGCCUCUGGUUUUGCUUACUCCAGCUCUUCUAGCGCGGCACUUUCUCUUGGGAAGUUCCUACUUCACUGCAAUUACUAAAUACUACUGGUUGUUCCUUUAGUCUCAUUAUUUCGAUUUCACGUAGCUAGAGGUUGAGGUAUACUGCCUCGGGCUAAUGUACAUGGUGACGGAUAUUUUAUAACUUGAUUUAUUACGUUAACACGUACAACACCCAUAGUGAUGUACAAAUUUUGAUCCUCAUAGUUUAUUGGCCUUACACCAGGCAAUAACAACUCUAUCAAUUAUUACCAUGACACUCCUCGUCUACCAUCAACAUGAGGCCCACGCUGUGACGGAGAAGGAGCCGAAGUUGGUUCGUUUGGUCGAACGGAAAGGAGAGGCUGCAGGUGAGGAAAAGGAAGAGGCAGGUUGGUGUCCUCCGGCAGCUACUCCGGAGACCACGUCCUGCUUUGCUCGGAUUGCUCAAUCUAUCUGUGGAGGGUCUCGUAGAGAAGGUGAGACUGGAGAUAGAUCUCAACCUUCUCAAGCUUGGUUCAAUCAGACGUCUGAGGAGGGUGCUGCUCGAGGAUCAGGAUCGUCCUCGAGUGCCGGUGGUCUUCUAGUUGCGCCAGGAGCCGCAGCUUCAUCGGCUUCCUCCCUGAGUCUGACCACAAUGGAAAAGCAGCCGUCCUCUCCUGAGCAGCCUUUUGGUGAAGGAGUCGGGCUCAAUCUGAACCUCAACGAUCUCGCGGACAAGGUCACAGUGGACAAAGACAACACGUUCAUUUCUCCUUCCUCUGCCAGCAACAUCCGGCUAAACGAGCACAAGCAACUUUUGAGAUCGCCUGUUUCGCCACGCUUGUCGCUGGAUCGGAUGGUCUCUCCACGCUUGUUUUUCGACCAAAACAGCUCCAAACAUCCAGAGUACCACUUGCAUCAAGAUCGCGUUGUUACUCCCAGACUGGUGCUCAAUCACGUUCAGCAUGGCCUUGCUCCUCAUCUCGUAGGUCCACAUCCACUUGUAGAAGUUCCACCCAGUCCGACUGGCAGCUUCGUGCCGGACUUGGAGGAUAUGAAGAAGCAAAACAUGAAGAAUCUAAGUUCUCAACAGCAAUACUCUGCUUCCUCAACGGCUAGUGCGUCCUCUUCCGGUACUACCUCCACAACAGGCUUGAACGCGACUAGUAGCGAAGCGUCUUUACUACAGAAGCAGGGAUCAGGAGACUCGGUCCUCACUUUUCUAAGUGGACUCAUCUUCGGAGAACCAGUAUGCCCAGCGGCUACAACAACGGGUGCCGACACAUCUACAGGAGUCGACACAAAAAUUGCGCCAGGAGGAGUCGACACAAUUGCGCCAGGAGUCGACACAAUUGCGCCACUCGUCAGUGGGGGAAGCAGCGGGCGAGGAGGAGGUCAACAAAGAAUGAUCGCCCCAUCGCCACGUCAGACACCACGUCUGCCACGGACAUCAGGAGGAAACUCACGCUUAAGUGGAGGCAACAAAGGACUUUUAUCUGGGAGCAAUAGCCUGAAUCUAGUCCGAAAGAAUGACUCUUCGAUGAAAGGAGCCUCUGCAAGUAGUCCUUCGAAAUUUCGUAGUCCACGUGGCGGUGCUGGUGCGGUAAUGCCUAGCGUGGUCGGAGGGGCUGCAGCUCUAGCAUCUCCUCAAUCUCCUCGUAACAGUAAAAUGUCUUUCACUCCGAGGAACUAUUUCAAGAACUACAGCGGUCGGACAUCUACUUUGGGUGCGAACGUCAGCUCUGUCAGUAGACCACCAAGUUCGCCUGGGCUUUUGCAAAGGAGUCAUAAGGACUGGGAAGUGGAAAUGCACAUGAUGCUCGGACACACAACGUUUCCAAGUGGGAAGCCGGUACUUGUUGUUGAUAGGAUUCUUUCAAUAUUUCUGCAACAUCGUCGACAUCGCAUGAUAUUUUUACCUGCUUGUAACAAAAUAAACCAUCACGAACUAUUGAUUCCUGUAGUUCUUACGAACAAAAUUUUUCCGUUCCAAAAAUCCUCACACCACAGCAUCAAUUCAAGACCCACCGAAUCAUGUUGCCUACGCUCUGCGAAGACCGCAUUAAGGUGUGCACUAUCGAUGACACGCGAUCAGGCACCAACAUCUUCGGCGAUCAUUUAUCACAACAACCCGGCACUCCGUCUCUACUCUUCCGUGAGUCUGCGGCUACCAGUCCGGCUGUUUUCGGUACUACUAGUCCUCCAGCAGGCAAAACUGGUGGAAUGGGAGCAAUUCCGCAAGUGAAGCCGCGCCUUUCUUCUUCUAAACCAAUCGUGGCUCCUACGAUUGGCGUUGUGGGAAUCACGUCAUCGCCACCGAGUAAAGGAUCUACCGAUAUGGUUGCUGCUGGAGACGGAUUGGAGACGUAGGAGACGGACGGGAGUUGUCGAUUCGACUACAUCAAGUAAUACAUACUUCGAAAAUUACUUUACUUUAUCACAUGAAAUUAACGUCUAUGUCAUGCAGCUCAUGCAGCACGACCUGCAUUUUAUCUAGUUUGUCACAGAAAUUACUCACAAGUCAGUGUUGAAAGUAUAUGAACAGUGUUAUACAACUCUUAAAGACAAAGGAGCCUUGCUGAUUUUUACGAAGGCAGCUGCAAUUUACUACUCGAUUAUUUCUCCCCGAUGAGAUUGAGACUAGGGUCUGAACAACAUGAAUUCUUCUCUAGGUCUACUUUCUCCUUCUGUUUUUUUACUUCGUCAAUAUUCUUGUAUUCUUAAAAAGUCAAGAUGUUCAAUAUUAAAACAUGUAGUACUUGUUGUUUUUUUUUCUCGAUUUGUGAAAUUAAACUUAACGCACUUAUUUUCUCGUUCUAUCCUAUGUAUUAUACUCGAUCUUCCUUACAGCAGUGGUAACUAAUUGAAUACCGCAGUGGUAACUAAUUAAUUUAAGUAUAACUAAUCUACUGAACAAUAACCGUACGAACUUUUUCUUUUAUGAAUCAGGUGAAAUAUCGUUCUCGUGCUGAGUCUGGCAGCUUCAGCUGACGUUGCUUGCUAGUAACUACUCAAAAUCAUGAGUAGGAAUGAAAAUUUUAUUUCAAGAUGCAGAAGAGAUUGAACUUGAACUCAAGAAGUAGCUACAAAUCCAAAUGAACCCGCGAAUGUCUGUGACUUUUUUAUUUGAAUCAAGAAUGUCUCUGACUUUUUACGUUGAUUGCACUAAAAGCUUGGAAAAGACUGCGCGUAGAAUGAAAAAUUUGAAAGAUCUUCUCGAAAGGGCUGCUGCGCCAGUGCACUCGUUGAGAAGCGCUUCAAUGGAACCGAAUGUCAUGGAAUCUUUAGUCUUGUUCUUGCUUGCUGGCACUCUGAAUGGUACCUCAAUAUCGU